AUGGAGAGGGUUGGUGACAACUCGGAGCUAGCUGCCAAUCGCAUUAUCGAGCUGUACACAGACUACGGGAGUGCCGCGGGAGGAGGCCUAGGUAUUGUACAGCACAAGGCCCCAUUUUCGAGAAACACACCAGGGACGGAAAUUUUCUAUGGUGCUGAUACUGGACAGAUUGGCAGAAAUGGCGAAGGGACGCAGAAAGUUUUCUGGAAGUUGCUGAGGAUCGAGAACUUGGAUGUGCUUGCUUCUUCAAGGCUACGAACAUUGUCGGUACAGUAUCGAGACUUGGUAUAUAUCAACAGAAACUUUUUGAGUUUUCUGUGCGCAUUGCUCGCACAAAUCGUGGCAUCACCUGGCAUCACGCAUGUGACACUAACUGACGAUGAGGCGCUCCAUCUACAUGGCGAUGGCGGAUACAACAGGAAUGGAUCCAGAAUGCAACUGACAGAAAGUGGCGAGUAUGACGACCAGACCGAAUAUAUAACUGGAAAAUCAAGGAACCUCUACCCGUCGCCACACCCUACUCAAGGUAUGGUCCUAAAGCUUUAUUUCGCUCCACUACUGGGCCCAAGCGGUGGGGCAUGCACAGUUGCAUUCGUUCUGGCCGAAAAGCAGAUUCCAUUUGAAGCCGUUCCACUCCAAUUCUUGAAGAGGGAGCACAAAAGCGGGGCGCACUUGGCGAAGCAGCCGUUUGGGCAAGUUCCAGUGAUUGACGAUAACGGCUUCAUCCUCUACGAGACACGAGCAAUAUGUCGCUAUCUAGUGGAGAAAUACCCAGAGAAAGGGCCGAGGCUACUGCCUGGACCAAGCCUCGAAGAGCAAGCGCUGUUCGAGCAAGCAGCAUCAGUGGAGUUUGCCAAUUUCUUCUCGGUGUUGAUUGGGAUUCGAACAGAGUUGGUCAUGAAGCCACAACUGGGACUUGACAUAGAUCAAGUAACCCUGGAUCGAUUGCAGGUUCAGCUAGCAGUGAUGCUCCAUUUUUACGAAAAAGUGCUAUCAAAACAAACAUAUCUUGCGGGAAAUGACCUCACACUCGUUGACGUCUUCCAUCUCAUACCAAUUGCUAUAAUUCGCAACCUUGGGCAAGAAAUCAUGACCACCGAUUUCCGCCCGAAUGUCGCCCGAUGGUGGAAUUCACUCACUCGGCGUACUGCCUGGCUUCAAUUAGAAGAAGAGGGAAUCCGGAGCUCGACUAAGGUGUUGUCGGAGCUGAUGCCCUAG